AUGAUAAAGCCAUUUAUAAUAUAUGGCUGUGAGACCUGGACACUAAACAGCAUCCUAGAAAAAAGUGAUGAAAACUUUGCGAGGCAAAUCCUCCACACGAUAACCGGAGCGGUCUGGGAUCACAAUACAAACACAUGGAGAAGAAAUAUCAAUAAAGGACUACUUACAGAAACUGGUGAAUCAAUAUCCCAUGAUAUGAAGGCACGGAAGUUAAGAUGGCCGGAGUACAAGCUUGGAGCAUUCUAUCUGGAAGUCUCUAGAGCCUGCUGUAUCGGGGCUAUUUACAAGGGCUGCACUAGCGCUCCCUCCCGGCCUCAGCCAACAAUUAAUUCUAAUUCGACGGAGGAAAGUCCUCUGUCGAUGGUGACAGUGUUUGAUGGCGGCGUAAUUGUCUGA